UGGGUGGCCCAGAGGGUGCCGUGGGCAUCGUCUGCGAGGCGGCGCGUCAGGGCAGCAGAAGCCAGCGCCUGGCGCGCUACUAUCCAUGACCCCCGUUCAGACUUGGUCUUCACCGUGGACCAGGAGAAGCAGGUGUGCGUGAGCUCGGAGAAGCAGUCUAAGAGCACCGACCUGGACGCCGAGCUGCAGGGACUUGUCGAGGAGAGAGCAAAGCCUUAUCGCGAAGCGGUGCAAACCGAGAUGGACAGGUACGUCGCCCAGCGAUAUACCGUGCUCAAGGCUGGGGCGUCCGCUGUCGCCGUCUUUACUUUCAAGGGAAAGGACGAGGAUGGGAUAGAGCUCCGGGUGGUUCUGUCGUCCAGGCACUCUAGGCCGCGGGGGUUCUGGGCGGGCAACUGGUCCUCCCAGUGGCGCGUAGUCCUCAAGCCCGACCAGAGCGACUCCGCGAUGCUCGGCGGCAUCAUCGAGUUCGCGACGCACUACUCCGAGCAGGGGAACGUGCACUUCCGGCGCAAGGCCGUCAAAAAGGCCAAGGUCGAGGGCACGGGGAAGCCAGAGAUGCUGGCGGCCAACCUCGCGACGGCGAUCGGCGCCUUCGAGGACGAGUUCCACGUGGCGGUGGAGGAAGGGGGGAGUGCAUCUCUUUCGGUGCCAGCUCUCUUCAGACCCUGCGGCGCGUGCUGCCGAUGUCCAAGGAAAAGUUUGACUGGCGGCAGGUCAAGCUAUCACUGGCGCGUGAUUUGA